CAUUCAAGCCGUCGUAUUUUUUUAGUACUCUUGUGAUUGACUCCGGCAGGUGGCUAACUGGUAGAAAAACCAUCUCAUUGAAAAACUAUGCUACUAAAAACUAAAUAAGUAGUAGAUGAUCUAUGAUUCCUGUCUGAGAACUGAGAAUAUAAACAACUGUACAGUUGUUAUAGUACAUGUGUGUUUUGAUUUACAUCACACGAAUGGUGUGUCGACAUCCCUGAUGACGAGGAAAAAGCGAGAAUUCAAAGAAAAGAAGACGAAGAAAAAUUACUAAGACUUGAAUGUAUACGUACUUUUUGGUUUACAAGGAUCAUCCCACUGGACUAUAAACCACAAUUACGCGUUGAUUUACGGGAACGUAGCGAGUAAGGUGAGGGAUUUUGAGAUCGAUCAACUACGGCUGAAACCAAAGGCAAAAAACGAUGGUACGUUUGCCACCCUUGCUGUGGUGAAGAACGCGUCAUCAACAAACCAUAAAAAAGAGCACAAAAUACAUUUACUCAAUAUUUUUUACAGAAAAGAACAAAAACAAAAAACACGAUAGAACCGAAGCCAAACAAAAUGAGUAUAUUAGUUGUUAAGUUAUUAUGAUUUGGUAAUUUCUGUUGUCGAGCGCUAGCGAUUCCAGUAAAGGCAUCAACAAAUCUUCUAAAUACUGGUAGCUUAUUGUCAUCUGAUGGUAGUCGUUGCAUCUAUUGUGUGCUUGAAUGGACAUUAACAGGUUUCAUUGUGAACAGCACGGUGUAACACCAGCCAGGACUAGUCGUUAUCCUUGGUCUUAGUAACCUUCAAGAUAAGAAUUCACAAAUAACUGGACCUUGCAUGAUAUUUCUUCCUGUGUCGUGAGAUUUUYGAAAGGCGAUUCGUCAAAUAUCUGACACAACCAACCAGUUAGCGUAUCACAGGGAAUCUUGACAACAGCUUUCAAACAAUAUAUCUGAUUCUUUACCACGAAGACAAUUUUUGAUAAAGUCUGCCUUGAUUUUUUGGAAGAUAAAAGUUGCAGGAUCAAGACACAUCGGAUAAGAAAAAAACAGAUAUCAAGUCUAACAGCUGUCAUCACAACAAUUUUCCAACUAGAUAUUAAGAUGGUUGUCUCAAUCCAUCGUUGAAGUACUUAAUCUUGAGGCAGUGGAGUUGACAGAUGAUACGAAGGAGACGAUUUUAAAGCAGAGGGUUUUAAGUGUAAACGAAAGAAAAUCCAUGCCAUUUUCUAUCGUCAUUCUAGUGAUUGGAUUGCUUCUGGGGAUAACCACGCUUAUCGGGAUUUUUGGCAACUUUGCGGUGUGUCUUGCUGUGUCCUGGAAUAAAUCUCUAAGAACUCAGCUUAGCUUGUUUUUGGUUAACUUGGCUAUUUCUGAUAUUGGUAUGUCAGCUUCUUGUAUGCCUUUUGCCGUUGCUACAGUACUCUUCCAUAAACAGCAAAUCGGGGAGUUGUUUUGCUACUUCAACGGCUUCAUCAACACCUUCUUUUCCUUGGCCAGCGUUUUAACAAUAACCACAAUUUGCAUCUUCCAAUACGUUUCCAUAGUAAUGCCGCUGGAAAGGAUGAUCACUAACUUCCGGUGUCUUCUGAUGUUGAUAGGAGUGUGGAUUCUUUCUGGAUUUCUAGCUACUGGACCCAUUGCGUACUGGGGCCGUUAUGAGUUCACCUCUAAUAUAUUCAACUGUGAUUAUUACCACUCCAACCAGAAGUCCGAGAUGUCAUAUGCCAUUGCAUUAAUGUUUGUAGGAUUCGCCUUUCCUUUGGCAAUUAUGAUUUUUUCUUACGCGAAUAUUUUUAUCGCGUUGCGAAAGCAUAACUCCAGGAUGACGAGGACAACAUCUAUAUCUUCGGUACCUGCAGAAGGGGCUGUUGUUUCGGCAGGAACUAAAAUACGUAUAACAGUUUUGUUGAUAUUUUUGACCUUCAUCGUUUGCAGGACGCCAUUUUUUGUAUAUUUAGUUUUUGUCGUCGCAGAGCCUAGUUUGCCAGUCGAUUUCCUAAGUCAGUUAUCAUUUUGGGCUAUAUACCUGCAUAGCGCUUGUAAUCCAUUUAUAUUUACUUUCAAACAUUCGGAAUAUCAGGAUACACUUAAAGAUAUCUACAGUACGUGCAAGGCUGUGGUGGUCAAAUGCUGCUCUAAUGCAGAGGAAGGCCAGAAAGAGGAGCAUGCGCAGGGGAGUAAGACUGCUGAACCAGUAAAGGCUGGUACAGAACAAGCUAAACAAGAAUGAAGCAUUGUAAAAAAAAGUUGUAAAUCAUUGGGGCUUAGAUUGUCAAUAAGUAGAGGUUUAACACAAAAACGGUUCACAACAACGAAACAAAAAUAAAAAAGUCAAAAAUAUUCUGAAUUUC